CUGAUGACGCUGGAGCUUUUCAGUUUCAUGUUAUUAUCGACGGACGUUCGCAUCCCACUAAUUCUCUGAUUUGCAACGAAAUGAUGGCCUGGAAAGGCCCUGCUAUUAUGAUAUACAAUAAUGCAAUUUUCAAGAUAAACGAUUUUGAUUCGCUUAUGCAGAUACGUGUUAGUAGAAAACAAGGCGAUGAUACAAUAAUUGAGAAACAUAAGUUAGGUUUAAUCCUGUGUUACUACUUUACCAAUGUUCUGAGUUUUAUAAGUAAUUCUAUUGCGUUCUUGAAUCCUCAUGAGAAGUUCUUGACAAGAAGACAUGGUAAAAUUCAAUAA